CCUUACUCACGUCAAUUCCCUUUGGACAUAUGCAUGUGCCUACACUGAGAAAAAAUUCUCUCAAAAUUUAGUGUACCUUUUCACCAACGCUGGGACGUAACAUGGGGUGUACAAGGAAAUAGAGGGAGACACUGGACAAAAUGGUAUGCCUCACUCAAAAAUUCGUAUGUGGCACCCUAAUUUUUGAGAGGCAUGCACUACUUUUUCAUGCGUUUCCUCCAGUUUCUCAUGUGACCCUUCGGAAAAAAUGAGUCAGCAGCAUUUCAAUUUCUCAUUGAUGGAGUACACUGAUUUUUAGGGAAGGUUCUUACUAAUUUUCAAUGGAAUUUUUUCUCCGUCCAUGUUACGUGAAUCAAUAAUGGUUCUUCUUCAUCCCAAUGCGAAAGACAGAAAGAGAGAGAGAGAGAGAGAGAGUGAGUGAUAGAGCAAACGAGUAUCUUCGUCAGGAGAGGUGCACGGUGCCAUUCUAUGUCUGUCAGAGCCACUGAGUGGAUCACUUCACUCUAUCAUCGAAUUCAAAAUAAUAAUAUCUCCUGUCAUCUACCAAACCAAGGAAACUCGACGUAACAGAAUUAAAAUGGACAGAACCAGGCUAGGAUAUGCUUCAGGGUUAGCUGUGGGCAUCAGCACUGCCGUAUUUCUCGCUUGGUGGUGGCUGUCCAGAAGUAAAAGAGAACGACCGCCUACCAAUUGGCGAAAAGUUGGCGAACUCAGCGAUAUGUUUGUAUUUCCUGUUAAAUCGCUUGGUGCAGUCAAGGAGAAUGCCAUGGAAUGCACCCAAUUGGGUUUGAAAUCAGGGUGGCUACGAGAUAGAAUUCUAAUGGUCAUUGAUUUGGAUGGAAGAUUCGUCACCGGAAGACAAAUGCCUAAUAUGGUUCAGAUAACGCCCAGUGUAGCUGGUUCUUCAUUAACAUUACGGGCCUCAGGAAUGAUGGCAAUUAGUGUAGAUCUGUCGAAGCUAGGUAAAAGCUUUCGAGUAGCUGUCUGGGGUCAACCGGUACCGGCAUGUGAUUGCGGUGAGGAUAUAGCCCGAUGGCUGUCCCGAUUUCUUCUGCAGGAGGACACUGGUCUAAGGCUUGUCUAUUACCCAUUUGAUGGACCGUAUCGGGAUGUUAGGAUAUGCCACCAAGGAUUCCCGUUGCUGGAAAAUGCAGACGUUGGGGCAUAUCCGGAUGCAACAAGCUACACACUGAUGAACGAGACUUCAAUAACUGAUUUGAAUACAAGAAUUGAGCAUCCUGUGACAGCCCAGCAGUUCCGACCGAAUUUUGUGGUUAAAGGCGCUGACCCGCUAGACGAAGACCAUUGGGACUGGGUGAAAAUAGGAUCUGUGAUUUUUAGAAAUGUCAAGCCUUGCACCCGUUGUAUCUUUACAACAAUUGAUCCUGAUACUGGCGUUAAACAUCCAAAAGCUGAACCUUUAAAGACUUUGAAAAGAUAUCGGCAAAUACAGGAUCCAGUCAUGAAAAAAAUUACCAAAGAAUGCCCAGUGAUGGGAAUUCACUUAGGCCUGAGAGGGCCUAACGGCGUUGUGAGGCUUGGUGACCCCAUCUAUGUCGGAAUGUGCGGAGAAGAAACCAAAGACCCCCUAAAAUCACCAACGUAGCUAAGAAAAUGGGACUCGUGUGACUGCAUUAGUCCCCCUUCUUAGUGAUUGAUAAUGUGCAAUAUUGAUAACUGCAAUAUUUACAGAGUUUUAUCACUCAAGGGCAACAUCAAUGACAUUCUCUAAUCUUGCACAAACGUCGCUAUGAGAAACUAAUACAGUUACUCAGUGCUUAUUGAUUAGUUAAGUAAUUGAACCAGUUUCACUAUUCAUACGUUCAAUUUGCAAUAAACUGAAUUAAUGGGUA